UUUUGGAAGACGUUAAAAUAUCUAUAUCAAUCCUGCAAAAAAAACCAAUUUUACCUUUAUAGUAAGAAGAAGAGAUAAGUAGAGAGAACUCAGAGAAGAGAUAAGCACAAGGAGAGAAGAGAUAAGAGUAAGACAUAAGUCGUUAUCUUUGCCGCCGCCGUCAUCGGAGAUGGAGAGAAGUCGCCGUUGUCGUCGGAGGAGGAGCGUGUGCGUUUCUGUGUCUUCUUUCCAGUUGCAAAAAGGUCAGCCCCUUUCGGUUUGGGGAUAGAUCGUAACUGGGUUUGUAUAAAUUCUGUGUUUUACUUUCCUAUUUUUAAAGUCAUGUGAAAUUACCUUUUCUGCCCCUCCCGCACCGCAAUUGGCGCCCCCCUGCGUAUCGGAUCAGUGGAACGUGUCGAUACGCCACUUGGUGCACCGCGGCACACCCCCGCACCGGUCCGUAUCCCAUACGUGAUACUCCACCCAUGUGGAGUAUCCCUGCUUUCCAGCUUAUUAUCCAUCUCGUUAUAUGUUUCUUAUAGUUGUUUCUAACCCCCAUUAUAUAAUUGCUUUCAAUAAACAAAGUAGUCGAGUGGAUUCUAUCAUUUUGAAUUGUGGCGUACCUCUUCCCAGUAACUAUUUCAAAGAAUAUGGACCGCCAGAAUGCUGCAGUGAAACCAGUUGGGUUCAUAUUUUGUGAACUACAGGGAAAGAGAGAAGAGGCGGGAGAGGUUAGAUGUAGGUUUAAAAUUAUGAAGAGGGCAAUGCCAUUGGAACCAACUGACAAUGUUAUGACAACUGAAAAUGGUGUCUUCAGAAGUGCCCAAGCGUACCAAGAUUAUAUGAUGCAGCUGCCAAUCCCAACCAAGCGUGGUGCUAUCAUUCCAUUUACCUCGUGGAGUGGAUUUGGUGAUUCUACGAAACAAUUAUACAAUCAGCCUCUGCAUUACCUCACAAAUGUCUGCCUGAAGGAGUUGGAUCGAAACCGGGUUGGUGCUGAUGAUGCGAACAAAAGACUUGAUACUAUUAUCCAUCCAGCCAAAGCUGAAGUUUUCCUCUGGAUGACGGAACAAACUCACAGGCUCACUACUUCUCCACAUCAGCUGGCUACACUCUGGCAAAACAACCCCAUGUAUAAGGCUGAUAUCGAUGCCUGUGCCCCUCCCUCUGCUAAUCCAAUUUAGGGGUCUUUCAAUAGGAAAGUGAGAUUCUAGCAUUCCCUGAACACUGCAAGGGUGUAAUGAUAAUCUCCUGAUCGUGUCUUGUAAAACUUUUUAUUUCCUUUACCAUCUAUGUAUGGCGUUCUUUGGAUUGGACUGAA